AUGGAUCCAGAGUCCAAUAAGAGAAGUAGAGAAGAGUUUGAAGGACAACCAGGCUAUUCCAAUGACAGCCAUUUCCCUCCACAACAACCAAGUUUCGAGUAUGAGUUCAAGAGACAACGUAUCGAUCCAGCACAAGAAUUAAUCAACAACGUGUGCAAAGAUAUAAGACGAUUGGGUGAGAAUUCAAACGUUGCAACUCAAGUUGAUGAUGUCAAUUACAUUUCCAAUCCUAUUGUUGCUGAAUUUGAAAAAAUUGAGGGUCUUCGAAAUGCCAUCUUGUCAACAAUGUACGCACUCGUUAUCGAACAGCCACACAAGAUCAGUGCUCUUAGUAACUUGGUAUUUAUAUGUAAUGCAAAGAACUUUGUUAUUGCAAAAUACGCUGUGGAGUAUAUGCAUACAAGGAUCCAGUUAUUGUUGGAUUCUAUUGGCGGCGAGGCUCAGCAGGACAGUUCAAGAGAAAAUGCCGGUGUUUUCAACAACAUUAAAAGUGUUUUGAAAUUUUUGGGGGCAAUAUCACCCAUUGUAGAAGAUUAUUCUGUUGUCAAUGUUUUGAAACAGUUUUUGCAAUUUGCCAUUGACUUGCAAAGUGGAUCAGACAAGAGAAACGGGAUUGCUCAGGAAAUAUAUUACAAUGUUUUGAUUGCAACGCCGUAUUUAUUAAGCAAUGAUAAAAGCGAGGAGUUGCAUGGAUACUUGAAUGACAUUAUUGAACUUGCUGACAUGUUUCCACUAAUUGAGCCCGACUCAAAUACAUUGGUACAACCAUUUGACAACAAAAUGGACAAUUUUGAAAUCCCUUACCAUCCCAAGAAAAUGGUAAACUUGGUUUUGCCCGCUUUGAAGCAACUACAAGCAGACGAUUGGCAAUUGAACCUUUUCCUCGACUUUGAGCCAUUUUUGGAGCCCAUCUUAAAGACAGCAUUGGAGAACAAUACAAUCUCAAAAGAUAUUGUAAAACACAAUUUACCUCAACUUUCAUUGCCAUCAUUGGAGAAGAUGUCAAAUUACAAACCACGUAAUGAGGAUAGUAUUGACCGCAUCUGGCAGCAGAAUUCGCGCGUUUUGCUUCAAGUUUAUAACCAAACCACCGAAUUUGAAACUGUACCAGUUAUCGAAUCGUACAUUGGCUUAUUUUUCAAGGACUUGUCCUUUGACAUAUUGACCAAUUUGUCAUUCAACAAGACUGAGGCAUCGAUUCAAUUGUCCAUCUUGGAUUUAUUCUUCAACAAGGAGUUGUUUUCGCCCAUGGGUACAUCUAUUGAUGAAUUGACUGAAAUCAAUGCCAAGAAUCGUACUGGUGAAAAUAAUCCUCCCUUAUCGACAUGGAAAAUUGAGGAUAUUGCAGUUGAAAGUAUUUUGACAAUGAUUUUCCAACUUCCACAUACGUUGCAUCGCGAGAUUUAUUACUAUACGGUGUUGAUCUCAUGUUGUAAGGAGAGUCCUGACUCGAUGGCCCCUGUGUUCGGAAGAGCCAUUCGUUACUUCUAUAAUAAUUUACAAACGUUGGAUUUCGAGUUGAAAAUUCGCUUUUUGGAUUGGAUGACCACACAAAUCUCCAAUUUUGAGUUUAGUUGGAAAUGGGAUGAGUGGAUACAAGAUUCACAGGAAUUUGCCAAGUUGAAAUAUCAUCCAAAGAAAAACUUCAUCAAGAAUUUGAUUGCCAAAGAAAUACGAUUAUCAAAUAAGAAAAGAAUCAAGGAAAGUUUUGUGGAUGUUGUGGAUGAUGAUGUGGUUCCAUUUGAAGAGUUUUAUCAGUAUUUGGAUAUUGCGGUGGUGUCAAAUACCAGAGACUAUAUCAUAAGUUAUGAUUCUGCAUUAUAUGGGGAUUCAGAAGAAAUUAGACAAAAGAUUGCUUGUAUAUAUGAUGCGAAACAGGCGACUUUGGCUACAAAGAGUAACGCUACUCCCCAAGAUGAGAUUUUUUACAAUUUCACCAAUCCAGAAUUACCAUUGAGUGGAGUUGCAUCGCAAGUUUAUGAAUUUAUUGUAUCGCAUUACAAGACAAAUAAGGAAAUGAAUGAAUUGUAUAACUCAGUGCUUGAUCAAGUGCUGAAUCUGCAAUCUGCCGCUGCUUCUUCCGCUGCUUCUGCCGCUGCUUCUGUUUCUGCUUCUGCUUCUGAUCCCGUUGUCCUUCUGGUUACCAUUCCUAACCCAAUCAAGUUUGUCAUCAACUUAUUUUUCCAAACUUAUGCUUACAUUGGAUCAAGAUCAAUCUAUUCUGAGGUGAGUAUUUUGAGUCGAGAUGUUGAUAAAUUGAAAUUCCUUGGUGGCCAGCCAAUAGAGCCAAAGAAAGCAGGCAAUCUCGAUGAUGAAUUUGAAAAAUUGUAUCUCACGGAGGAAGAUGUAACCAAUAGGCAAAAUUGGAUAAUUGAUGCCAUUUUCAGAAUCUGGGUCCAUCAGCCACAAGUUGUAUUUUUGAUUUUAGAAUAUUUGAUUGAAUUUGAAGUGAUUGAUCCCAAAUAUCUUAUUGACAAGGCUUUCAAAACUAACUUGAUCAUUGACAAUGUAUCCUGCAUUGAAUCGGUGAAUAGGAUAUUGGAAACGUCAAACCCUACAACUUUGAAGAGAUUGAUAUCUGAGAUUUUCAAAACUGUUGUCAAGAAACUUAACGAAUUGGAGUUGGGAACUGACGAUAUUGUUCAAAUUGAUGAUUUGCAUGACAGCAACGCUGCUGAAGUUGAUAAGCAAUGGUUAUUCUAUGAAUAUUUGGGAUUGCUCAAGUCAUAUUUCAGAAAAUAUAUCAAGAAUAAGAAUCGAUCUGAUGACUCAAGUGAUGAUGUUUUACAGGAUAUAAAGGAUAUUUUCAAUGAUUUGGAAAACAUCCCUGCUAGAAUUGAAAUACUUGGUUGGUUUAAGGAGAUCUUAUAG